ACUGCUCUUGCAGAAGACCCAAGUUUGGUUUUAUUGCUGUGAAAAGACACUAUGACCACAGCAACUCUUAUAUAAAGAAAAACCACGCCUCUUUCCGCAAACUAUCACCAUGGUGCGUAAGAAUGCCCUGGCUGAUGCCCUCAAGAGCAUCAGCGAUGCUGAGAAGAGAGGCAAAAGCCAGGUCCUCAUCAGGCCCUGCUCCAAAGUCAUUGUUUGGUUCUUAACUGUGAUGAUGAAGCAUGGUUACACUGGUGAGUUUGAAAUCAUUGAUGAGCACAGAGCUGGGAAAAUCAUCGUGAACCUCACAGGCAGAUGGAACAAGUGUGGAGUGAUAAGCCCUAGAUUUGAUGUGCAACUCAAAGACCUAGAAAAAUGGCAGAACAGUCUGCUCCCAUCAUGUUGGUUUGGCUUCAUUGUACUGACAACCUCAGCUGGCAUCAUGGACCAUGAAGAAGCAAGAUGAGAACACACAGGAGGGAAAAUCUUGGGAUUCUUUUUCUAGAGAUGUGAAACACAAAAAGCCUCCAUGGACUGAAAAAAAAAAAAGAAAAAGGUUUAAUUAUUUAA